AUGGAUUCCACCACCUUCACCGGCACCGGCACCGGCACCGGCACAGGCACAGGCACAGACACGAGCCCCCUCAGCAGCAGCGGCCUCGGCGCCAGCCUGCGCAAGCUGGAUCGCGGCAACGGCGACGGCGGUGCGGCGUCGCGCCAGAAGAGCUGCAAUGCCUGCGUCCGAGGCAAGCGGCGCUGCGACAAGCGGACUCCAAGAUGCACGAGAUGCGCGACCAAGGGCCUGGACUGCGUCUACCAGCGGCAGCCUCCUCCUCCUGCCUCUGCCUGCUCCACGCCCGAGAUGCCGCCCGAGUUCGACAUGAGCUUCGACAUUGAGAGCCUCAGCACCGCAACCGGCACAAACACGAGCCCCGAGAGCCUCCAGCAGGACGGGAACCUGCAUCUCGGCGGCGAGCCCCAGCCCCAGCACACGCCGGACCUGGGCUUCAUCGUGGACCUGAUGACCGCCGCCGACGACACCGGCCCGGGCAGCCUGUGGGACCUGACGGGCUUCGGAGUCGGCAGCAAGAUGGAUCUCCCGCCGGUGCCCCAGCAGCAGCAGCAGCAGCAGCCCGUCCGCGACCUCUCGGUCCUGCAGCACGAGGAUCAGUGCAUCAUGGCCGACGUGCUGCAGGUCCACGACCCCCGCAGCAAGAUCGGCUUCAUCGUCCAGAGCGUCUCGGACAUGUACGUCACCUUCACCCAGCGGCGCGAGGCGCCCUUCAUGCACCCGCGCCUGUGGAUGGCGCAGCUGCCCAAGACCAUCACCACGGCCUUUGCCGCCGCCUCGGCCUACUCGACGCGUACGCCGGCCACGAGGGGCUGGACGCUCAAGGUGCUGCUGGACGCGGUGCGCGAGGUCCACCGGGACGGCGAGAGGGCGACGACGCACGCGGACCGGCUGGCCAGGGUGCAGGCGCUGCUGCUGCUCAACUCGAUGCGCAUCUUUGACGGCGACGUGAGCAUGCGGGCGGCGGCCGAGAGGGAGAUGAGCGUGAUGCUGGCGUGGGUCAAGGACCUGGUCGUGGUCAAGAACGAGCUGGAGGAGGGCUUCCCGCCGGCGGUCUUGAUGACGAGAGACAAGCCGCCAAAGAGCUGGGAGAGCUGGAUCCUGCUCGAAUGCACAAGGCGAACCAUCAUGAUUGGAUUCGCCAUCAUGUGUCUCGUCUUUGUCCUCAAAUCCGAAGAAGCCCCCGCCGACUUCUGGGAAGACGGCCACAGCUUCACGGCCUCGCGGCACCUCUGGGAGGCUACGUCCUCGGUCGAAUUCUUUCGCGCCUGGCGCGAGAAGCCGCAGUACUGCAUUACGGAUCUGAGCUUCAAGGAGUUUUGGAUGUAUGCGCGGCCGGACGACAUGGAUGAGUUUACGAAGCUGAUGCUGACUACGCAAGUUGGUGUUGAUGCCAUUGAGCACUUUCUCACCGGCGAUACAUCUAUUCCGGUGCAAUGA